GCGGCACGAUUUAGUUACUGACGGCGCUUUCCCAUGGCAGGUGGAUGUGUGGGGCGCGCAGGCCGGGCUGGUAGUGGCAGGGUACUACCAUGCCAAUGCAGCUUUGGACGACCAGAGCGCUCAAGCAUAAGUCUUGCACGAAGCAGUCAGGCAGGCCUGAUGCCCCCAGGCCAACUACAGGGAAAGGCCGUCACUGCCUCCACGUCUAUGGGCUCCGGGAGGCCCAGCUCAGAUGGACGGGGUCUGCCCACAGGAGGCUCUUCACAACUCUGAUCUUCCUUCUACACAGCCCUGGGCCCUUGGCCUUGAAAAUCGCUGGGCAGAUUGCAGAAUUCUUCCCUGAUGCAGUACUUAUUAUGUUGGAUAAUCAGAAACUGGUGCCACAGCCUCACGUGCCCCCAGUUAUUGUCCUGGAGAGCCAUGGUCUCUGCUGGGUCCCCAAGGACAAGAACUUAGUGAUGUGGAGGGACUGGGAACAGUCACGGCAGAUGGUGGGAGCACUACUAGCAGGCCGGGCCCACCAGCACCUUGUGGACUUUGACUGCCACCUUGACGACAUCCGGGAGGAUUGGACCAACCAGCAGCUCAACGCCCAAAUCACCCAGUGGGUUGGUCCCACAAAUGGAAAUACCUGAGCCAGGGCCAGAGGGGAGGCUCAGGAUCCAAUAAAGAGACUUGGGCUGUU